GGCAGCAAAGUCAAGUCUGAAGCCUUGGAACAUGACAACUCUCCACAAGUCGUCAAAGCUUCUGUUAAUUCCAUUAAGAAGGAGCUUGAGGAUGAAACUGAAGAAGUUUCUAUCAAGGAGGAACCAUUUUUAUAUGGAAGUGAGUCUUGUUCAACUGAACAUCUAAGCCCAGCACCUGCACCCUCAUCUUGUGUGCCGUGCAAGACAGAAGCUCAAGUUGAGGCUCAUGAUGCCCUCCCAAACUCCUCACAGAACAUUUCUGCUCUGUUGUUAAAUCAGUUUGGCGAAGGUGGCUCAGCACUGGCAUCAGGAGUUGCUGCUGGCGGUGCUGAUGUCUCUGGGGCGUCCAGCUCAAAGCAACACAUCGGGCUUGGGUGUUCCCAGCAUGGAUUGGUGCCUGCAGGUGCAGGCCUACUGCAGCAGCACCUUGAUCUGGAACAUCCUGCUUCAGGACCCCGCCCCUGCUCUGAUUACACCUCUAGUUCAGGGAGUGGACUAGAGCAGCACAAUAAUGCUAUGCAUUCAAUAGGCAAAUCACUACAGCUCCCUCACUGUGAACAAUCGCAUGCCACAAGAAAACCACUGCAAGAGCAUAUUAAAUUCAAACAGCUGUGCGGAAGUAAACACCAAUGCCAGUUUUGUUCGAAUUCAUGUGCCACGGAAGCUGAUCUCAAAAACCAUAUUCUUUCACAGCAUCCUUACAGACAUGUGCAGAAAUACUCUCAGAGUAAAUAUGCUGAUGGUUGCAAAGAAUUCAAGCAAACGCAUUGCCAUUCUAAAUAUUCAUCAACGAAGAAGUUUUGCUGCACCAAGUGUGAUUAUGCUUGUGCCACAAAACAGCGCCUGAAAAGGCAUUGUCUUUACAAGCAUUCAACAGAAAAACCUUUCAAGUGCUCCAUGUGUGAUUAUGCUUGUGCUGUUGAAGAGGACAUGAAAGGACAUUUUCUUCGCAGACAUUCAACAGAAAAACGUAUUCAGUGUCCGGAGUGUGAUUAUACUUGCACCACAAACAUGUACUUGAAAAAUCAUUUGCUCAGCAAGCAUUCAACAGAAAAACCAGUUAAACAUUGUCUUCAGAAGCAUUCAACAGAAAAACUGGUUCAGUGCUCUGGGUGUGAUUAUGCUUGCGCCACAAAAGAGGAAUUGAAAAGUCAUUUUCUUCACAAACAUUCAGCUGAGAAGAAAUUUCAGUGUUCUGAGUGCAAUUAUGCUUGUGCCAUUAAAAGCCAACUGAAAGUACAUUUUCUUCGCAGGCAUUCAAAAGAAAAAAAUAUUCAGUGUUCGGAGUGUGAGUAUGCUUGCACCACAAAAGUUGACUUGAUACAACAUUGUCUUCGAAAGCAUUCUGCAGAAAAACCUAUUCAGUGCUCUGAGUGUGAUUAUGCUUGCAUCACAAAAAGCGAGUUGAGAAGUCAUUUUCUUUAUAAACAUUCCACUGAAAAACCUAUCCAGUGUACUGAGUGUGAUUAUGCUUGCAAGAGCAAAGGGGCAUUGAAACUUCAUUUUCUUAACAAACAUUCAACCAAGAAACCUAUUCAGUGUUCUGAGUGUGAAUAUGCUUGCACCACAAAAGCGAAAUUGAAACUCCAUUUGCUUAACAAGCAUUCAACAGAAAAACCAUUCAAGUGCUCCAAGUGUGAUUAUGCUUGUGUCACUAAAUCGGGCAUGGAAGCACAUUUUCUUCGAAAGCAUUCUGCAGAAAAACCUCUCCAGUGUUCAGAGUGUGAUUAUGCUUGCACCACAAAAGUGUACUUGAAACGUCAUUUGCUCAACAAGCAUUCAACAGAAAAACCAUUCAAGUGCGCCUCGUGUGAUUAUGCUUGCGCCACAAAAAGAUAUCUAAAAAGACAUCAUCUUAGCAAGCAUUCAACAGAAAAAGCCCAUUCUAUGCUUCAAGCAUGAUAUGUGUCACUAAUGCAUCGUUUAAUAGAAGCUACUCUCCUGGCUCCAUCAGAAACCGAUACAGUGACCCAAGUGUGAAGUUGCAUGUGGAUGUAGAGAGCUCGACACAAGACUCAAAUGCAGAACAUUCAAAUUUUUUAGAUAGGACCAAGACAAUGGAAUAUGAUGCUUGACUCUAGAAACAACCCAUGCCAAUUUAAGGUAUGAAAAGAACUUUAAAAAAUUAGCUCUAUAUUACUAGGCCUCCAACUUGUAUUAUAGCCCUUCAGGACCUAUUAUUAUGCAAUGAUAUAAAAAAAUGAAGACUCAAUAUUUCCUUGAUAUUGAAGUCCAUUUUGUAUUUUUUGCACUUCAGUAUGAAUUCUUGAAUACUUUUUUGGUCAUUUUUGUCAUCAUUGCCAGCAAAAUAUACUUCACAGCAAUUUUUAGUUACUAUUUUAAGUAAGCCCAACCAACUGUAAAUUUAACAUCAAUUUUAACUCUUGCGUUAAUUUAAUUUGUAUACUGCAUUUUCUCAAAGUGAAAUAU